UCGGCUGGCCGGUCCCCGGCGUGCGGAGAGCGAGGGCGCGCGAGGCGGCGGAAGAUACUACACUCCUCUUCAACCAGCAUUUUAUCCCUUUUCAUAUAAUCAAACAAUGGCCGCAGCUCCUAAUCUGGAGAUGAUGAAUGAGCAAGAAGCUCUUCAGGGAGUUUUGGAUCCAAACAUUGUUCAGGAACCUAUUCAAGCAGCUGUUAAAGGAAGGAAAAGAAGAAAUAAAUCUACUGAACCCAAAAAAUCUGCUGCUAAACCUGUAAAAUCAAAAGGGAAACAGGAAAAAAUCACAGAUAGUUUCAAAGUCAAGAGAAAAGUUGAUCGGUUUAAUGGUGUUUCUGAAGCUGAACUAUUGACCAAAACUCUUCCUGAUAUACUGACCUUCAACUUGGACAUUGUAAUUAUUGGUAUAAAUCCAGGUUUAAUGGCAGCCUACAAAGGCCAUCAUUAUCCAGGACCUGGAAACCAUUUCUGGAAAUGCCUUUUUAUGUCUGGGCUAAGCACAGAACAAUUGAAUCAUAUGGAUGAUCAUACUUUGCCACAUAAAUAUGGGAUUGGAUUUACAAAUAUGGUGGAAAGGACAACACCAGGUAGCAAAGACCUUUCCAGCAAAGAAUUUCGGGAAGGAGGACGUAUUCUAGUGCAGAAAUUGCAGAAGUAUCAACCUAAAAUAGCUGUUUUUAAUGGAAAAUGUAUUUAUGACAUUUUUAGUAAAGAAGUUUUUGGAGUGAAAGUUAAAAAAUUAGAAUUUGGACUGCAGCCACAUAAGGUUCCAGAUACAGAAACACUUUGCUAUGUGAUGCCAUCAUCCAGUGCAAGAUGUGCUCAGUUUCCUCGUGCACAGGAUAAAGUUCAUUAUUAUAUAAAGCUCAAAGAAUUAAGGGAUCAAUUGAAGGGGGUUAUAUCAACUGCUGAGGUCCAGGAAGUGCAGUAUACAUUUGACUUACAGCUUGCACAAGAGGAAGCUAAGAAGAUGGCUGUCAAAGAAGAAAAAUAUGAUCCAGGAUAUGAAGCAGCCUAUGGAGGAGCUUAUGGUGAGAAAACAACCUCUGAGAAUGAACAGUGUACCUUCUCUGCAAAUGGAACAGCAACCAGCAUGGAGUACAGCAGUGGUUCUUCCUUUGGUGAUGUGCCUAAUGGACAGUGGAUGACGCAGACCUUCACAGAUCAGAUUCCUGAAUUUAACCUCUCAAGACCACAAGAAGAAGGAAGAGUCAGUACUUAGAAUCAACUCUAUGUGCUGCAGUAG